CAAGAAACUACACCAUGUUGGCAAGCAGAUUGGGCUUGAUGCGUAGAUAAUGAUGGAGCCUCUGUCAUAGUCCAUCAGACAAAUAAAAGCCCAUGAAAAACCACACCGAAGCCCUACUUGGCUAAAAGAAGUUGAAAAAACCCCGGGUUUUAGCUGCUCCAUGCUCUCUCCUCCUGCUCCUUCAGCUUCACUGGAAAACCUGAAUCCUUUACAACUUUUCUAUCAGAAGAAUCUCGCUGUCUAAGUCAAAAUAUCUUUUGGUCUUGACAGGUAAUUGCUUUUUUAUGGGCUCAGCAUAUAAAAUUUAAUAUAUUAAGGAUGUUGCUUACGGAUCCUUCAAAGAAGAUUUCUUUUAAUCGGUGCAUUAGAGAUGGAGACUUAGUUAUUGUCUAUGAGAGGCAUGAUAGUAUGAAGGCUGUUAAAGUGUGUGAGAAUUCGGUUCUUCAAAAUCGUUUCGGUGUGUUUGAACAUUCAGAUUGGAUUGGGAAGCCGUUUGGGUCCAAAGUGUUUAGCAACAAGAAUGGAUUCGUUUACCUAUUGGCUCCAACUCCAGAGUUAUGGACUUUAGUUUUAAGUCACAGGACUCAGAUUCUCUAUAUUGCGGAUAUUAGCCUUGUGAUUUUGUACUUGGAAAUAGUUCCUGGUUGUUUGGUUCUUGAAUCAGGGACUGGAAGUGGAUCUUUAACAACCUCACUUGCAAGGGCUGUGGCUCCUACAGGACAUGUUUAUACAUUUGAUUUCCAUGAACAGAGGGCUGCCUCAGCCAGAGAGGAUUUUGAGAAGACAGGCAUAAGCACAUUAGUCACUGUGGGAAUCAGAGAUAUUCAGGGUGAGGGAUUUCCAGAUGAAUUUUCUGGGUUGGCAGAUUCUGUAUUUCUAGACCUACCACAACCUUGGCUGGCCAUUCCUUCAGCUGGAAAAAUGUUGAAGCAAGAUGGAAUUUUGUGCUCCUUCUCACCAUGCAUUGAACAAGUGCAACGCUCAUGUGAAAAUCUUAGAUCAAACUUUACAGACAUAAGGACCUUUGAAAUACUGCUUCGCUCAUGUGAUGUUCGUGAAUGGAGAAUGGAGGGCUCCAAGGUUGAUGAAGGUACUUCCAUUGCAUGUCCUCCACGCAAGAGGAGGCAGCCUUCAGGUGAAGGAAGUGUGAGGGACCAUCAAAGUUCUCCUGCAGUCAUGGCUCGGCCAUCUGCUGAGGCUAGAGGGCAUACUGGAUAUUUGACAUUCUCAAGACUUAAAUGCAUCUUGUGAAAAACAUUUACUCAUACCAUCUCUAUUCAAGAGUAUAGUGAGAGUUUGUAUCCUUGUAUUAUGAUUAGUUCUGAGCUCACACGAUGACAAAAUUGUUUAUUCCUUAUCAUUGUCACUAGUCAGCAAAGGCUAUCGAUAUGUUCCAUGUUGCUUUCAACUAUAAGGUGUACUUGAACAUUUGCAAUUAAGAUUGGCAUUUGGCAUGCACGUGACACAGAUGGGACAAUGAUACUUCUUUCAACGCUUGGGUGUACUCGAUAAUAUCUUUGAUCUGGAUUUUUGGAAAGAAUAAUAAUUA